AUGUGGAAGCGGGAGACAAUUGAGGAGAAGGAGAGGUAUGCAGAGAUGGCACAGAGAGAGAGGGAGCGGCAUGCAAAGGAGUAUCCAGACUACAAGUUUUUGCCGAGGAAGAAGAAGGACAAGAACGGAAAGUCACCGCGGCGGAGGAAGACCUAUGACCCGGUGCUUGAGGAGGACGAGUCAAAGAUCCUGCGGAUGAUGCUGAGCCAGAUCACCCACAAAAAGUCGCAGUCGGAGGUGGGUCUGAGGGCAGAAGGGGGUUGCUACGACUGGCAGGAGGAGAUAUCUCUUAAGAAAACGAUUUUCGAGGCCAACACGCAGCCGAGGCAUAUGGGGGGGUUUGCCGAGCAAGUGCAGCUGAUACCGAGCACAUAUGAAUAUGUGAACACGGUGCCGGUGGGGUCAUUUGCGGCUAAGGACCAUAUUGACCAUAUUGACCAUAUUGACGGGGCGGAGAUGUAUGGGGCAUUGGGCACGUGCGCCAGCACGCUUGAGAACCUUAAUAACAGCGAUUUCCAGACAUUGAUGAAUACAUAUGGCACGAAUUCCGCAAACGAGUCUUUUUUGGGUAACAUUUUUGAUAAAAGUAGCACUGGAUUCCCCCGAAAUAUCACAGUGAGUGAUAAUGUAAAAAGUGCAGAUUUAGUUGAAAAGAACGAGGGGCAGAACAUUGCGCUUCUGCCUAGUUUUGAUUCCACAGUGUUGCAGGACGAUAUUGGCAGUGUACAGGAUAAUUUUUUUGGUUUAUGGGAUGGGGCGAUGGAUCUUUCAUCAUUCUCUACUUCUAACACAAUGGGUGCUCAGGAGGUAUUGAGUCGUCCUUUUGAUCCAAUGAAUCUCGGGCUAGUUAGCAUGAUUAAGGAAUCAUUGUCGAGAAAAAAUACAUAA